AUGUUGGGAUCAGCGGUGAGUGCUGGCGGCAGUGCCAUUGGUCCGUCCACUUCUUCUGCAUAUUCCACAUGGUAUGAUGAAGCGAUUUUUGUACCACGAAAUAUUCGAGCUACUCGUGUUCUUCCUCCAAAAACUUUGCCUGAGGAAUUCGAGCAAAGGCAAAUCAAUCGAGUAACUUUUUGGAAAAGUGAGCCAACGACGACGAUCAAGCCACAUGUAUCUAGAUCAAGGCUGCUUGAUAGAAGAACGGAGACAAGGAUAGGCACCAAUUCGACAUCAAAGACAGAUCUUCCAGAAAGUUUUCCUCUUCAAGAAAUCGAUGAGUCUUCUGUUCACAGCCCAGAACUAGCAGCAACAUGUGCAACGUAUGCUCAAACAAUAUCCUCCACAAAUAGCUAUGGAGCUUUUCGAAUGUCUGAUGGCAAAUUAUCAAAUCACACAAUGCGUCGUGGGGCGUUGUUUUGUCGGAGUGGAACUUGGUUGGAGAUUUUGGAUGAAAAGGAGUCAAGGCGAAGACACCGACACAGAAAUCCCGAGCUCGUCCGGGGGAACACUCACACUCGCUCGGAAUUCAGCAUUUUGAAUUUCAUCUCAGUCGCUUUCGGUUUGGUGUCGAUACGGGGAGAGAAAUCGGAUCGAUUCCUCUGCAUGGACGAGCAAAGUCGUUUAUAUGCUGCGCAUCCAAGCAACUACUCGGCAGAGUGCGUUUUUUUAGAAGAAAUGCUCGAGAAUUACUAUAAUCUUUAUUCCUCUUGUGCUCAUUUUCCUGAUCCAAAUGAUAAAACUUUCAAACCGUGGUAUGUGGCGAUACGAAAAGAUGGUCGUCCACGGCGCGGAAGACAUUCAAGAAAACGGCGUCGAUCCUCACAUUUUCUCGUCAUUCACUUUGACGUCGCCGAUCCUUUACCGGUGAAUGUGGAUGUGACGAGAGUAGUCUCCAGCUCGAUCAGACACUCAUCUCGAGGCAAUGAGAUUGAUGAGAGGAAAUGGUUCUCACCCGCCGUUCCACCACCACCAACUGUGCCCACGAAUCUUCAAACCGAUUAUCUAUCUCAAUUAAAAGAUGAGAAGCCAAAGAAGAAAAAGCGUAGAAAAGAGGAACGGUUGCGGAAAGAAAAAGAAGAACGAGAGAAGCGAGCGAAAGAAAUUGAAGAGAAACGGUUGGGAGAAGUGGAAAAGCAGAGAGAACAACAAGAAGAAGUGGAAAGAAAAAGGAUGGCCCAGAAAAUGCAACAAUGGGGCGGUGGAGGGUAUUCGAGAUUUCGCGGGAGCAAUCACCAAUCACAACGACGAACUCCGGAGCCACCAUUGAAUACCCGCCAUGAGCCCGGGGCGGCAAAUUCUCAAUCGAAAACUUAUUUCACAUAUUCUAGUGGU